GUCAACGAGGUCUCCAGAAUGAACACUAAGGUCCUGUUCUUGCUCGGUGUGGUGGCUGUGGCUGCUGCAGAUAAGCUGCCGACCUACUCUUACAGCGCCCCACAGGGAUCUUUGGAGGACUCAGUGGAGUAUGAUGAUGCCAAGUACGACUUCAACUGGGCUGUGAAGGACGACGACUCCGGUAACGACUUCGGCCACCAAGAGGCCCGCGACGGCGACAACACUCAGGGAUCGUACUACGUGCAACUCCCCGACGGUCGCCUGCAGAAGGUGACGUACUACGUUGAUGGCGACAACGGAUACGUAGCCGACGUGACAUACGAGGGCGAGGCUCGCUAUGACUCGGUGGAGUCUCGCGAAUACGCCCCCCCAAGGCCCGUGUACUCCGCCCCCGAGUCCCACGAGUCAGUUGAGACUCCCGUGUACACCCCACCACGACCCCAGUAUGCCGCCCCCAGGCGCUCCUACGGCUUCCCUCAGUGAGGAAUGAUAACCAAAGCUGAUGACCAGCUGCGUCGAACGGAAUGUAUCUAUUUAUUUAUGGACAUUAAUUACAUUAAAAGCUCAAUCAAAUACUUUGUUUUAUCAUUUACCGAUGAACCGUGUUCCAUUCAUAUUUAACUACAUUUAUUUAAUGUCUAUAUCUACUCACAUGAAUUAACAUCCAUUCCUUUUUUAAUACCAUUGCAUAAUACACAUAUAAGGGCACAUGCAUGUAUGCAUGAUGUAUGGAAUAUUCGCACACAAUAAGAAACUGUACAUAUAGCCCAUUCCUUCUCUGGCUCAUUACACUCCAACUUUGUUUUUCUGGCCUACAGCUUACCUUGAUUUACUUCCCGGAGAAAACUUUUUCACCCCUACAUUAAAUAAGAUUUUGCUAGUUCCAGUGCUUCUCUUGGUAUACAUUUUUCAAAUGCACUUAGAUACCAAGGGUAUUUUAUAUAUUUCAAGGAUA